UAAAAAAUUGUUAAAUCGUAACAAUCAUUGUUUUUAUUAUUAACCUAUUAUUCAACAAAUGCAGCUACCAACAGCAUUAACAGAAAGAAAAUUGAACAGAUCAAUACCAUGCCUACAUAAAACAUACUUUUUCAAAGGCAGUAGUAGUAAUGCAAAGCAAAGAAGCUCAAGAAAGAGGUUUUUUUCACUUGUGGUGUUGAAGACCCAUAAACAAUGCGAAGUCACCUCAACGUUAUUCCUAAAUAAAAAAGAAAUAAGAAGAUUCGGCAAACAUGCUAACGGAUUACCGGUUGGUAAGCAAUCAGCGCCGUACAUGGCACUCGUAGCCCCAAAGAAGUUACUACAAGGGCGUUGCCGACCUCUUGUGGGAUAUAAUGUAUGUAAUACGCCAAAGAAGGGGCCUACGUUGACCAAUUACAGUAGUUUUAAAAUACAAAAUAAUAACAAGACAUUUAUUAGAGAAAUAAUCACUUAAAACAUCAAGCCAUGAGAGAUUCGACAUACUUAUUA